CGGCUUGAAUGACGGUUGUUCGUUCGCUGAAAGUAAAAAUGGAUGCCUAAGAUAUUUUUCUGUACUCCGUUAACCAAUUUCAUCUUGAUAUUAAUAAGAAAACAUCAUUAAAAUGAGCGGAACCCAUUCGAAAACCAUUGGCGGAGCCGGAUAUAGCAGCCACACACCCGUGGUAAUGCCCAUACCUAGCAUUGAAGAGAAAAACAAGCAAAUGCAGCAAGAGACAAUGAUGGAGAAGCUGCGAGCCAAAUACCGGAACAAGCCGAAAAGCUACGAGGACAUCAAAAAGUCGGUGCGCAUGUACUUCAUAGAGAAGCAUUAUCCGAUGGAUCCCCUUUGCAAAGCAGCGCUGCAGUCGGCACUGGACAAACUGCAGCACUACAUCAAAGUAACAUCCCGACACGGACUCGUAGAGCGUUUAGAGAGUCUGUCCCGCCAGCUGGGCCUAAAAUUCAUGGAGGAUCAGCAAAUGUUAUUCAUUUCCACGGACAUGUUCUAUGUAGAGAUACUGUUGGAUGCCAGUGGGAAACUUAGUGAUGUCAAGGUCCACCACGAGUGCAAAAUUGAGCAGCAAUCAAAUUCCAGCGCCAGUUCCCGAGAGCUGCUCAACUGCCUUAAGGCGGGCGACUUUGCCGACUUUACGGUGCAGCUAGAGGGCUUAUCCUCCAUUUACCAGCUAAACGCGGAGCCUAAAGUCAAAAAGAAGGCAUACGUGGCUUUGCAGGCCAUGGAAACGGACAUUUUUAAUCUCUAUCAGCACCAGCUACAGCAGCAGAUCAGUGGCAGCAGCGAUAGUUACUACAUUAUGAAUAAAUCCUCGGUGGGCUUAGUCCAGCAGCGACGCGGUGGACAUCCAAUGAAGCUGACCUACUUCUGUCCGCCCUUGCAUCUCAUCGAGACGAAAACAAAAGGGGAAAAGGUGGGCGCUGCAACUGGAAGUGGAACUGCGAGCAGGGACUUCAGCAUUGAGCAGGUGAUGAAAAGUCCUAACGGACUAAGCGCGACACUUAAUCUUGAGGCCUCCUCCGCGAACAAGCUGCAAAUCCUCCCGAUUCUAAGCUUCACUAGCGAGUCGGGGCUGCCGCUAGAGCAACCCGGCUAUGCGCCGCUCACGCAGAACAACUCAAUGCUGAUGCCGGCUACCUAUGUCCUGCGCCUUAGCAAACCCAUGCCCGUUUGCAUUGACUCUCUGCGUGCUUUGUCUCUGCCGGGUCUGUCGGGCCUGUCAAGCGAGGGAACGACGACUGUCAUGAAUCUGAUCGUGCAAACGGCCUCCAGGCAGGUGAUAAAGGGCACCCAGAAAGGCUUGUAUGUUAAUUUGCCAAGGGAGACACACUGCUACUUCUUCACGGACAACCGACGACUGAAGGGUACUCUGAUAUCGUCGCUGCCAUUCACGGAGCCUGCGCAAGUGCCUAAGAUAAUCGCGUUCCUUAAAAAGCAGGCGCUCUUCUACACGCUUCUCUCCAGUUGCGUCAGGGAGCAGCAGAAGCAAUACAACGACAUGGAUAGUACUGUUAUUUUGGAGGUCACUGCUGUUUCGCUCAAUCAGAUCACUGUGGAACUGCAGCAUCCGUACGAGGAGUCGCUGGCCACUGUCGAUUUUUUGCUUGAGGACAGCCAGGCGACCUGCACUAUUUACUGCCUCAGCAACGAUUACGAAGCGCUCUCCCAGAAGCUGACUCGAACAGUGCGCCAGGUUCUCUCCAUACCGAUGGUUAUAUACAAGUUGCUUAAGUGCUGGGAUGAGGAGCAUCAGCAAAAGUUGCAUGGCGCUAUAGCCCCAGGAGCAGGCAGCGGGACAGCAGGUGGUUUCAGUAGCGCUGGUGGAGGCGGUGUUGGAGGUGGAGGGAUGCACGGAAGCAACUUCGGACAAUUUGCCAUGGAGACGGGUGCAGGCGAAGGCAGCAGUGGAGCUAGCGGCGGCUUCAAUAGUGUUAACAAUCUCAAAAUGGACUCCAAGGUACGAUCUCUAGCAGAUGCAUUCGCUGCAUCAACAUCGGCGGCUGCGGCCAUUGCUGGACUUAUGAAUUUAAAGCGAGAAACCGACCCUCAAGCUGCCGAAGGCAGCAGCAGCAUCCUCACCCCAAGCUCUGUCUCAGCAUCCAAGGCUAGCGACAAUGAGAUCGCCGACAAGUACAAGAACAUAUGGAAGGACAAGACGUCCAACCUGAAGCAUUGCGUCAGCAUCACGCCCAUUGCUGGCGAUGGCAAGUCCCUUCUACAGCAGCAGGUGGAUGUGCAGCGCACAGGAGGCAUUGAGAUCAUACCACUGAAUGCUCCGGCCAGCGUGGGAGCCACGCCCAGCACGGACUCCCCAGCCACCACAAUCACCAUAACGCCCAUCACUGGAGUUAGCAAAGAUGGGAGUAAGGAGGCGAAAAAGCAAGUAAUGAGUGGAUCCGGAAGUGGCACUAAGCGGCCCCAUGAGAGCAGUUCCUCUUUGUCUGCCUCCUCGAACUCGAGCAGCAGUAGCAACAGCAGCUCCUCCAGCGACACGCAGAAGGAAAAGAAGCGCAAGAAGAAGCGAGAUGACUCGCCCAUGGGCCCUCCCGAGAAGGUAUACUCACGCCAGAACUCGCCUGCAGGAGGCGGCAUGGCGGAUGCCACGACAGGGAGCGGAGCUGUCCGCAAGUUCUCUUCGCCUUCAACUUCAUCUUCGGGAACUGGAGCUGUUUUGGCCCUUAUGUCCGGCCAGCCAUCGGCGCGCCCCAGUCCGAAGCACUCGCCUGUCUACAGCAGUCCCAAGCACAACAGCAACAGUAACACCGCCUCGAACAGUCCGAAGUCGCCUUUCGGAACCCUCUCGCCCAAGCAUGGAUCCUCCGGCAAGCCAAGCAUGUCCACUCUGAAAAGUGCGACGGCGGCCACUAGCCUCAGCCUUAGUCCCAAGGCUGAAAAGUCAAUCACUGCAGGUGCCGGGGGUGGUUCCCUUUCUCUGGCAACUGCUGGGUCCGCAUUAAGCUCGAGUGCUAAUCCUUCAAUGAUGCGGCCUGUGCCACCGCUGGCCAGCAGCCAGUUGCCCUCGACCAUAAAAAAGGACAAGCAAAUCGCUAGCAGCUCACCAUCUGGUCCCCCACCGGGGGUGGCAGCUGCGGUGGCCGCACUCAAGAGCUCCCAGCAGCAGCAGCAGCAACUAAAGUCCUCCGUGGCUAGUCUAUCUCAUCUGACCGCGGGUGGGAAUCUGAGCAGCUAUGUGGCUCCAGCCGUAGCCGCCUUGGAGCUGAAUGCACUGCGCAAGGGAAUGGCGGGACCGGGAUUGGGCGCAGCUGCGGGAGCGGUAGGUGCGGCUAGUUUGAUGACGUCGACGGCAGCUACGACGACAAUCAUCCAAACCACAACAACAACAGCAGCAACAACUCUAGCGGAUUCGUCGGGCACAGCAUCAGCAACAUUAGUGGAAACGGGAGUGGGAACAUCAAUUGCAACAACAACACAGCAGCAGCAGCAACAGCAGGGACCAGCGCCACGUAGUAGCGACAACUCCAGCUCCAGCUCCACUAGCAGCAGCUCCAUUGCGGGAGCAGUCUCUGACCUCACUACGGGGUACAUGGUGAAACCGAGCAGCCAAGAGGGCCUCAAACUGACCAUCAAUAAAACGGGGAGCGGAAAGAGAGAGAGCAAGGGGGUAGCAACUAGCUCGUCGUCGUCCUCGGCUAGCAGCAAAAAGCAGCACACGGGAUUGAAGCCAGGCGUAAACAGCGGACCGGCGUCUAAGAAGGCGCUUUCAUCAGCUUCAGGCACAGGGUUAAGCAGUUCCAGCAAACACAUUUUCCAAAAGGCCAAUUCUUCCGGCAAUCUAAGUAGCAAACUAGGCGGCUCCUCCACUUCAGGCGGUGGCUUGCCGUUGACCAAGAGCAAUAGCACCAACUCCUUCCAAGAACACAGUGUACCCAGGCGCCGACCCAGCAUGUGCAGCCCGGGUAACACUAGUGGAGGCGGAGUGCAGCGCAAGUCAUCAUUAACGGCAUCUGGAUCGGCAUCGGGCUCUGGUUCAGGACCAGGAUUGGGGGCUGGCAGAAUGUCACCAGCAGCGCUAACAGGGUCGAUGUCACAGCCGCCGCCGCGCUUCGAUCACCACACGGACAUGAUGACCAUUCUACAGUACGCGUCGCCCACUAUGGCAGCCAGUAUGGAGGGCUUCAUCAAGGGAAUGCAGAACAAGUUUCAGAUACCCAAAUUGUCUCAGCGACCAACUGGCAACAGCGGCGCAGCUGGACACACUGUUAGCCCAUCAGAGCAGCAGUCAGCAACAGCAGUUGCAUCUUCCUCCUCAUCCGCAUCGACAUCCAUAACCUCAUCGCAGGAUCAGCAACAGCUUAAUGCAGAGUUGAGUGCUCUGGCAUCUAGCCUAACAGCUACGCCCAGUAGCAGCAGUGGAGCGCAGAAUCCAUCGGCACCUCAUUCACCUGCUACAAGCGAUAUGCUACUCAACUUAAGCAGCAAUGAGGCAGUUGGUGCAGGUGCUGAUGGCAUCGACGAGGAGCUGCUCGCCAGCUUGGCAGGCGAAUGACAUUUUGAACUGCACCCGCUACUCUCAGUAAUCCCAACUUAGUUCAAUUGAUGUGUUACGGGCCUUGGGCUAAACAAUGACAAGAAGCUGUUUUUAAUAGUGUAAGGUGUAAAUAUUAAAUGGGUUUAUAAAGCUGCUGCCUUAACUGAAAGAAAUUCUGUAUUAAUUUAAAUAUAUUACAUCUAUAAAAUCAAAUAUAACUAUGAUAAAAGCAAACGAUAA